AUCGGAAUGGGAUGUGACAGAAAGGCUCUCCUUACUUUAACAUUCUCACUUAAACGCCUGUGCUUUGUCGCGGGGAGAAAAAUAUUUACCACGGUUAAGGAUAGACAUUGCAAUUCCAGACUUUACUUGAAGGAAGCUGCAUCCUGAAUAGAUGUUUGGCCAUCGGCUUGUGAAAAACACAAAUAUGGGCAUUGUUGUUUUAUCCUCUCUGCCCUCCCUGACCUGUUGAUGAAGCUCUAUCUCAGGCAAAGAUGAGGAUAUGGUGGGAAGUGUUAAAUUAGUGCAUCUGCUCCUGUGUGUGUGUGUGUAACAAGUGGAGUCUACACAUUGCUUCUUCCAGCCUAGCAGCUCUUCACGGUGACUGGCUACAGGGAUAUAGUGGGAGGGGCCUUGCCAUUACUCCCAUAGCUAGUAACCAGAGGGCCAACUGCAGCUGAAAUCAAGAGGCUGGAGGCUUAGUGAAAAAGGGGGAAACGUGCAGUCUAGGAAUGACACCAUCUACCCGGCGUACCCACUGACUGUAUCCCCUCCUCCUGCCUAUAAAAGAACCUGAAGUAUUGGACUGUGUGCACUUCGAUAUUCCAGAGGAUACCAAUACAACAAUAUUUAACCUCGAAAAACAUUCAACUGAAAAAAGGCAGUGAACCAAAAGGAGAACUUUGGGUAAAAUUUUUACAAUAACAUUUUUGUUUUAAUUCUUAUAAAUGUUUUAUGUUGGCUUAGUGGUGGUCUUGAGUGGCUGCCUGGCCCUGGGGGCAGGCUACAGGAAAACUACAGACCCAACAGCUGCUAAGAGACAGUACCAGAUCCAAAAUGGCCCGUGCAGCUACACCUUCCUGCUGCCUGAGCAGGACAACUGCAAGACCUCAAGCAGCACCUACACCAACCUGGUCCAGAAGGACGAUCCGGCAGAGUAUGAUGAGUCGGUCCAGAGGCUAGAGCAGCUGGAGAACAUCAUUGAGAACAACACACAGUGGCUCCUCAAGCUGGAGAACUACAUACAGGAAAACAUGAAACAGGAGAUGUUCCAGAUCCAGCAGAAUGCAGUGCACAACCACACGGCAGCCAUGAUAGAGUUUGGAACCAACCUGCUGAGUCAGACCGUUGAGCAAACACGGAAGCUGACUAACGUAGAGGCGCAGGUAAUAAAUCAUACAACUCGGCUCGAACGUCAGCUUCUUGAGAACUCUCUAUCAACGAGUAAGUUGGAAAAACAGCUCAUUUUCCAAACAAAUGAAAUAACCAAGCUGAAUGACAAAAACAGCUACCUGGAGAAGAGGGUGGGGGAGAUGGAGGAGCAGAGGCAGGUGGAGCUGAAGACGCUGAAGGAGGAGAAGGAGCAGCUCUCUACACUGGUACUGAGACAGACGGCUGUCAUCGAGGAGCUGGAACAACAGCUGCUGCGGGCCACCACCAACAACUCUGCCCUGCAGCGGCAGCAACAGGAGCUGCUUGAGACCGUCAACAACCUCAUCUACACAAUCUCUAUCCCCACAGGUGGAGGGAACAAGCCUACCAUGAUGCAGGACACACCAACCACAUACCCAGACUGUGCUGCGGUCUACAAGUCAGGAAACACAGACAGUGGAGUCUACUCACUGACCCUUCUCAACACUACACAGGAGAUUAAGGCUUACUGUGACAUGGAGACAGAGGGGGGUGGAUGGACAGUACUACAAAAACGAUUUGAUGGCCAUGUUGACUUUCACCGUACGUGGAAAGAGUACAAAAUGGGCUUUGGAAACCCUUCAGGUGAAUACUGGUUGGGAAAUGAGUUUGUUUCGAUACUGACCAAUCAGCACCCAUACGUCUUGAGAAUACAGAUGAUGGAUUGGGAGGAAAACGCAGGAUUCUCACUAUUUGACCAGUUCUCUCUAGGCAGUGAAGCAGAAAACUACAGAAUACACCUUAAAGGCUACAGUGGCACAGCAGGCAAAAUUAGUAGCCUUGGUCAGCCGGGAAGUGAUUUCAGCACAAAAGAUGCAGACAACGACAAAUGUGUUUGCAAAUGCUCACAACUGACAACAGGAGGCUGGUGGUUUGACGCCUGCGGCCCCUCCAACUUGAACGGAAUAUUUUUCCAGCAGGGCCAGAACUCAAAUCGAUUCAAUGGAAUCAAAUGGUACUACUGGAAAGGCUCAGGCUACUCACUGAAGUCUACCACAAUGAUGAUCAGACCAGUAGACUUCUGAGGCUGUGACAGAGACAUGCCUUUCACAGACAUGCAUAGAAUGGAGAGCAGAGCUCUGCUACUGUGGGAAACUACACAGACAAGACAGACAAACAAAAAAUACCUGACAAACAAAAAAGACCUAACAGACCGAAGUGCUCCAUAACAGCAACCUCAUCACUUCAGAACAUUCCACAAGGGAAGGAACAAUUUGCUUUGCUCCAACAAGUCAGCAAUAUUUUUUUUUUUAAAACUUUUGUACAAAAUGGACAGGUGAAGACUAGCAGAAAAAUCUAUGAACUAUCUAUACUCAGAAAUAUAUGGGCUUUGGACUGCAUAACCAACCAGGACAUGGCAGUCAAAAGAUGACCAGUUGGAAAUCUUGUAUUUAUAGCAAACUGGAACUGUGGUAUAGAUAACAGUAUUGUUUUCUAUUAAUAAGCAAUACUAGGGGAAAUGUCAGUGUGUAACACAUUGCAAGGUUGACAAAGUUAAUUUUGUAAUAACGAUAUUUCACCCCAUUAACAUUAGAUACAAUGAAUUGGAAAAUAAGUUAAAUUUGUAAUGCAAAAUAAAAAUGUAACAAUAGCCCUAAUUUUAAAAGCAAAGAAAACAAGGGUACAAAGCACAAUACGUCAUACAUAUCAAAUAUGAACAUAAUGCAAAAAGGCAAUCUGUAAUGAAUCGACGGCUUUUCUUCCUUACAGGAAUUGUACAUACUCCGUGCCUUCAGAAAGUACUCAUACCUCCCUGGUCUUUGUGGUUGAAUGUGUGUUUGAAAUUCACUGCUCAACUGAGUGUCCUUACAGAUAAUUGUAUGAAUGGGGUACAGAGAAGAUAGU